UAUCCGAAAUUGGGUCACUGAAUUUGGUGCCUUAUGGGCCGAAGCUGACUGAUUCGGGCACAGAUAUUGGGUCGGGCCGGAACCAUCGGUUACCCAAGGUGCUCGACAGCUCAACUGUAUGAGUAAUGCUCUUCUUUCUCUCUGCCUCUCUGCUAUUCCUUCUGUCGAUUCCAGAUUGGAGCAUUCAUUGCUUUCAACAAUCAACAUGGAAGUGUUCAAGAGAGCCAUACUACAGCCUGGGCCACCUCAAGCCUUUGCACUACAGAUGGUUCAGGAAGUUAUAAAACCUCAGGUAAGCCUUGAGCUCUACCCUAGUGGAUUUGAGCAUUUGGAGUGCGUGAAAAAGAAACAAACAAAACUAGCCCAAGAUGAGAAUCAAUUAUUAGAAAACAUUCUUCGGACAUUGCUUCAGGAACUAGUGUCAUCUGCAGUACAGUCAGGGGAGCAAAUAAUGCAGUAUGGGCAAUUGAUUGAUGAUGGUGAAACUAGCCAGGGUCAUAUUCCUCGUCUUCUUGUAUUUCCUCAAGUCUUUCAAUUAGAAACUAAUCACUGUUCGUGUCGGGUGGGCCCACAAAGGGGUAAAGCACUAGCCCAGGAAUUCUUUUCAAAGUGUAGGUAGCAGGACUCGAACUAGGGAGCACACCUAGUCGAGCCCAGUACAAGCACUUUGAGACCAAGAACCCAACCAACUUGGCCAACCCUCUGGGUUAUAAUCAUAAUUUUAUAUGAAUGGGAUUAGCUACCUUUGACAUUUAUUUUUAUUCGUAAGUGUUGUAAUAAGUCAUGAUGAUUUAAAUGGAAGAUCUUUCUUCUUCUUUUCUUUUUUUUUUUUUUUAA